AUGCCUAUUGAUGAAUCAUCUAAUUCUAACACUUUUCACCGCAUUUCUCAUGAUAUCCAUGCACCAGCUGGAAGUGCCUCUCCAAUUACCACACAAGCAGAACCACAAAAUCAGCCACUUGAAGAAUUGCCUACAGACAAUGUUGAUCAUUUAUCAUCACAAGACCAUGAAGAGGCAGAUGAACACAUCAUUCAUCCAGAUUCUUUAGCUACACAUACAGUAGAAAAAGUAGCAGAAAUUCCAACUAAAGGAGAUGCUAUUAUUGAUAUUAGAAAAUCAACAAGACACUUUAGACCACCUAUAUGGUUAAAAGAUUAUAUGACAAAAGGGAAGUUCACAGACAACAGAUAUCAGUCUUAUUUGAAAACCUUCUCAGCAUACACUGAACCUGAUUCAUUUAAGGAGGCUGCUCAAGAUAGCAGAUGGGUUGAGGCAAUGCAGCAGGAGAUAAAUGCAUUAGAAGAAAACAAUACAUGGAAGUUGGUUGAUAUACCACUAGAGAAGCAUGUUAUUGGAUCAAAGUGGCAGAAAGAUGGAAUUUGCAUCAAAUGGAUGUCAACAAUGCCUUCUUACAAGGCGACUUAUAUGAAGAAGUCUAUAUGGCCUUACCGCAAGGAUUUCAUAGACAUGGGGAGAGAAAGCAAAAGGCAAGGCUCAGAUAUGGUCAUCAUACUGGUCUAUAUAGAUGAUUUAUUGAUUACUGAAAAAGUAGGAUUAAGUGGUUCUAAGCCUGUUUCAACAUAUCUGGAGUUGAAUCAAAAGCUUACCACUAUAGAAUAUGAUGCUCAUGUAGGGAGAAUAGGAGAUCCAAAAUUAGAUGACAUCACUGCAUAUCAGAAGUUGAUUGGGAAGCUCUUAUAUUUAACAAUCACACGACCUGACAUUAGCUUUGCAGUCCAAACAUUAAGUCAAUUCACGCAAAGUCCAAAACAAUCUCAUAUGGAUGUAACCUUAAGAGUGGUUAAAUACAUUGUAGGAGCACCAGAUCUAGGAGUACUUUUGCAAGCAAAGCCAAUUGACAGUUUAACUGCCUAUUGUGAUGCAGAUUGGCAGCUUGUCCUAAUACUAGGAGAUCUGUGA